ACUACUUCCUCGACAUCAAGCAGAUACUAAGCAUAAUGAUAAAUGUGGCAUGUGCAUUGGAAUAUCUCCAUCAUGGGUGUUUGUCGCUUGUGAUUCACUGUGAUCUGAAACCGAGUAAUGUCUUGCUGGAUGAGGAUUUGGUUGCCCACCCCAGCAACUUUGGCAUUUCAAAACUGCUUAGUGAAGAUCAGAGUGAUUUGUACACUAAAACCUUAGCAACAUUGGGGUAUAUUGCGCCAGAGUAUGGACUGGAAGGACUAGUGUCAACAAAGUGUGACGUCUAUAGUUAUGGGGUCAUGUUGCUGGGAACAUUUACCUGGAGAAAGCCUAAUGAGUUUGAGGGAGAUUUUAGCUUGAAGCAAUGGGUGAGUUAUUCACUUCCAGAUGCCGUAAUGGACGUCGUAGAUGCCAACUUGGUAACCCAAAUGGGUGGUCGCUUACAGAUGGAGCUAGAUGUUGUGGCUUCAAUCAUGAAAGUAGCAUUGGUUGUUGUGCUGAAUCUCCGGCAAGAAGGACUAACAUGAAAGAUGUUGUAGGGAUGCUACAGAAGAUCAAUAUUAAACUUCUUUCAUGCUGAACACAUUCUUGGAAUCUCUCGUUCCAAAAUACUUGUUUGAUGCAAAAGUCU